CGUACUUGUAACUCGUACAGACAAGAUUUUUUUUUUUUUUUUUUUUUCUCUCUGUCUCUCUCUCCUUCCUUAUUAAACAUUCUUGCGCGGUAAUUCAUCUAAUCGUUUUUCUUAAUUUCGAAGAUUUUCUCUGAGGCGAGAAAGCAAGAAGGAAAAUCAAUCUGGGCAUUCGUUCAAAUUAUCUAUCUGGGUCUAAUAUGUCUUCUCCUGGCGAGUACUACAAGUCACUGCCGCCCAUAAGUAAGGCUUAUGGGACCUUGUGCCUGUUGACAACUGUGGGCUAUCAACUGGGACUUUAUGAUAAGUUAGAUCUUGCCUUGUAUUACCCAUAUGUAUUUCAUCGUUUUCAGGUGUGGAGGUUGAUUACAACCUUGUUUUUCCUUGGUGGCUUUUCCAUUAAUUUUGGGAUCCGUCUCUUGAUGAUAGCAAGAUAUGGAGUUCAACUAGAAAAGGGACCAUUUGAUCGGAGGACAGCAGAUUUCUUGUGGAUGAUGAUAUUCGGUGCUCUAACAUUACUGGUCUUAUCCAUCAUUCCCAUAUUCCAGAGCUUCUACUUAGGGAUAUCUCUUGUAUUCAUGCUUGUCUAUGUGUGGAGUCGAGAAUUUCCAAGUGCCAACAUCAACAUAUAUGGCCUCGUGACGCUUAAGGCAUUUUAUCUACCGUGGGCAAUGCUCGCGUUGGAUGUCCUUUUCGGUUCUCCAAUUAUGCAGGAUCUGCUCGGAAUCAUUGCCGGGCAUCUCUAUUACUUUUUGACUGUGUUGCAUCCACUGGCGGGUGGAAAGAACAUACUCAAGACUCCAACGUGGGUACAGAGACUGGUUGCAAGAUGGAGGAUAGGAGCUCAGCCGAGUGUCCGGUCUCAAACCCAAAGCCAACCCGAAAGGAAUACCGGCGUGGCUUUCAGGGGAAGGUCCUAUAGGCUUAGUGAUUAAUUCUGCUCUGUCUGAAAGGGGCGUGAAGGUUCGAAUAUGGCCUGCUGUUUUUGCGGACAAUGCUGGUAACGAUCAGCUUGGAACCGUCUUGAUUUCACCUUGUUACUCUUCUUGGAAGAGAAAGGGUUCUUAACUGUUUAAAUGUCGAGCAAAAUGCUGAUUUUCCUUUGAACAUUUUAGCAGGAAACCACAAUCUUGAAGUUCUUUUUGGAAA